AUUCAUGUCUAUGACAAAAGACAGGAAGAAACCCGGAAGUGCUGCAGUUAGCUAACAUCAGCAGGAGAAAGGAGAAAGUACAACAGUAGAUCUGCUUGUUUGUUUUAGCAGAAGCACUGUUUUCGUUCCGUACUCCUUACAGCAGAAUGCCUGAAAUUCACACACCAAGGAUUCGAGCCGUUCGAACCAGUGCUGGUACCGGACUGGAGGGCUUCAAGGCCCACGCUGUGUUCCAGGAGAUCAACAAGAAGCUGCAGGAGGAAGGGGAGCAGUUUGUGAAGAAAAUCGGAGGAGUUUUCGCCUUCAAAGUGAAAGACGGCCCAAAUGGACAGGAAGCCACUUGGAUCGUGGAUGUGAAGAACGGCAGUGGCUGCGUUCACAACGACGCAGACAAGAAAGCAGAUUGCACCAUCGCCAUGUCCGACACGGACUUGUUGGCCUUGAUGACCGGGAAAAUGAACCCACAGACGGUGAGUAUACAAACCAUAUCGUAUCCUAUAAGACAUCUCACCAGAGGAGAAGCCUGUUGUUUUUUUUAUUUUUAUUUUCUUUUUUUUCCCUACUGAGAGAUGGAAAUGUGGGAAGCGUAGAGAAAGACAGCAGGCACUUGAAGAUUGCAAGCAUUCCAGCUCAUUAAAUCGCAUCAUUGUUAUGAAAUAUGUUUAGCUGCUUCUGGAACUGAUGAAAGUAGCGGCGGCAAGGAUGAUCUCGGAAUUACUGUGAACAUUCUAAAAGUGUGUUUGAAAAAAAGAAACAACAAACAAAAAAAAAGAAACCAGCAGCCUUUUUUCAAUCUGACCGUCCAUACCCUCAUCCUGCGACGAGAUGAUGACCUCCAGGACGCAGCCUGUGUAAACACGACUUUUAUCAGUGUCAAACAGCAAGUGCUGUUCACCGAGGAGGAAAGCUGCCGGAGCAGAACCAAGGAACCUUCAAUCGCAGACUUAUUUGAAAAAAAAUAUAGAAAAAAG